AUGGCUAUCACCAAGUACAAGGCUGCCGCUGUCACCUCCGAACCUGGAUGGUUCGAUCUCGAGGGCGGUGUUCGCAAGACCAUUGACUUCAUCAACGAAGCUGGUCAAGCUGGAUGCAAGUUUGUUGCCUUUCCUGAAGUUUGGAUUCCUGGAUAUCCCUACUGGAUGUGGAAGGUCACCUACCUCCAGUCCCUCCCUAUGCUCAAGAGAUACCGUGAGAACUCCAUGGCUGUCGACUCGGAAGAGAUGCGCCGCAUCCGACGCGCUGCUCGCGAUAACCAGAUCUUUGUCUCUCUGGGAUUCUCUGAGAUUGACCACGCCACUCUCUACUUGUCCCAGGUUCUGAUCGGUCCUGACGGUGCUGUCAUCAACCACCGCCGCAAGAUCAAGCCCACUCACGUCGAGAAGCUCGUCUACGGUGAUGGAGCUGGCGACACUUUCAUGUCUGUCAGUGAGACUGAGAUUGGCCGUGUUGGUCAGCUCAACUGCUGGGAGAACAUGAACCCCUUCCUCAAGUCUCUCAACGUCUCUGCUGGUGAGCAGGUUCACGUCGCCGCAUGGCCUGUCUACCCUGGCAAGGAGCGCCAGGUUUACCCCGACCCAGCCACCAACUAUGCUGACCCAGCCUCUGACUUGGUCACUCCUGAGUAUGCCAUUGAGACCGGUACCUGGACUCUUGCUCCUUUCCAGCGACUUUCAGUUGAGGGUCUGAAGAUCAACACUCCCGAAGGUGUUGAGCCCGAGACCGACCCCUCUGUUUACAACGGCCAUGCCCGUAUUUACCGACCCGACGGCAGCCUCGUUGUCAAGCCUGAGAAGGACUUUGAUGGUCUUCUCUUUGUUGAUAUUGAUCUCAACGAGUGCCAUCUCACUAAGGUCCUCGCUGACUUUGCAGGCCACUACAUGCGCCCUGAUCUCAUCCGCCUUUUGGUCGACACCCGCCGCAAGGAGCUCAUCACCGAGGCCGAUCCUAAUGGCUCCAUUGCUACUUACAGCACUCGCCAGAGACUUGGACUGGAUAAGCCUCUCGAGAAGAAGGAGGGCGAGGACACUCCUGAUGUGCUUUAG